AUGCUGGGUGGGGUGUGCGUGCCGGCGGUGUUGACUCAGGCCAAUCUUCGUCGGAAAAAGGCGGGAACAAUCAACGCAGGCCAAUUGGGCAACCGUGUUCGUACCAACACUUUCAUUGUCGUGAACUCGAUGCGAAGGCUGGUCAUUCGCCAGUCGCGGCAUGUAUGUGACAAGUUUAUCCUACUUCAGGCUACAAUGAGUAAAUGUCCAUGCUUGAUAAGCCUGCUACAGACCUAUUCACGUUACUUCCGCGAUGGCGACUUUCUCCUGGAGGACGCUAGUUGCUCGGGGCGCAAACAAGCACGAACUAAAAGUGCUUCAAGUGCAGGACGCAAUGCAAAGAUGCGGGCUGCGGAUGUAAAUUCCAUCUUCAAUGGGAUCCAAUCGUCUAGCAAAACCGUACCGCGUCGAUCAGCCGAAUUAGGGUCACCAUCCUUCCACGUUGCCGUUCGACAACCGAACAGCAUCAAUUGCAAAGGAUUCACCAUAGUAAGUCCUUUACAAGAAACUGCUUGUGUGCGAAUCUGGGGAAGGAAACAAAUGUAA